GCCUUGGCGCUCUGGCCAGCCACUCCGGGGGUGGCGGAUUUCCUCGCCGCCGGAUUACCGCAGAUCUACGGAUCUGUGGCUUCCUGGCUCACCCCACCUUAUCUCUACUUAAUCAUCAACGGCAUAAUAAUCUCCAUUGCUGCCGCCUCCCGGUACCAGAAAACUUUCGUCGACAACCAGCAGACGGAUUUUCCCGUCGAGGAAGCCGAUUUGCAAGCCGGAGUACUCGAUCCGCCAAACGGCGGAGAUGGUUCCAUGAGCUUGUCGGAGACGGAGGAAACGGAGAAAGAUGAGUUCGUGAUUUCGAGCUUCAGCUGGUCUCCGAGGAGAGGGGAAAGCAAGGAACCACAGGUGAAAUCCAUCGGAAACAGCUUGGUCGAAGAUAAGCCCCUUGUCACCGUCCGGCUUGGCCGCCGAAGGAGCAUUAAGACCAGCCCCGAAGGUAAGGCAUUAGGAGUGGCGAGGCCGCGGAAGCAUGAGACGCUGGAGAGCACCUGGCGAGCCCUCACCGAAGGCCGAGCGGUGCCCCUCGCCCGACACCUGAAGAAGUCCGACACGUGGGCCACGCAUGCUCGUGCGGCCGUCACCGUGGAACCCUCGACGCCGCCGGCGAAACACAACAUGGAGAAAUUCGAGACAUUUAGUGCUCGCUCCACAGCCGCCGAUAGCUCGCCGCCACCGUCCUCCGGCGUUGGUUGCUCGUCUCCUGUGACAAGGCUCCGGCGAGAAUCGUCUAUGGGACAUGAUGAUAUAAACCGCCGUGUGGAGGCAUUCAUCAAGAAAUUUAACGAGGACAUGCGGCUCCAGAGGCAGGAAUCCCUGCGAAAGUACAAAGAUAUGAUCAACCGAGGCAGCCAUUAAAGAAAAAAACUUGAGGCGAGCUGUUGAUCAAGACAAUGGCUCUAGGGUUUGGUUGUAAUUGUUUAUCUGCUAAUUUUAUUUGCCUCUGUUCUCGACGUUGAUCCAGAUGCUGAUGGAUGUAAAUUUUAGAAUUUUUGGAUAGACUCUUUUGGAAGGAUGUUUUAAAGUCUUUUAAUAUGUAAGUCUGGAUGAAAUCAUCAGUGGAGAGUUCUCUAUCAAUAUUUUUGUAGGAGAUGGUAGAGAUGGAGAUUGGUGAAAGUUUGCAACUUUUGUAAGGUUUUGCAGUUUAAUUGUUCUCUACUUGUAAUUAAUUUGCUGUUAUUUUCCCAUCAUACAAUAUGGUUGGUCUGGUUUAGUGUUGCAUAUUUAGAAUGUUAUGUGAAAUAAAGUUAUCGUAUUCUA